AUGUCCGACUCACAGGCACCGCUCACGUCCAGGUUAUCUUCCACCAUAAAAUCAACAGCCGGUUCACUCGCUUCUUCCGUCAAACCCGCAGAGAACGAAUUGGCGAGAUGGAGAAGGACUUUUGAUAGAUUCGCAAAAGAGGAGAUUGAGGGGAAGAAAUACCUCAAUCCUUCUCAGUUUAUCGAUGCCAUCGCUCCCACUGAUGAGGGUUUCAGUAAGAUCAAAAGAGAACAAUACACCAACUUGUUCACAGUAGCGGACAAUACUGGACGAGGAUUGGUAUCAUGGGAGGAUUUCGUUGUGUUUGAGACCUUGCUGAAACGACCCGAUGCGGAUUAUCAACUUGCUUUCCUCGUUUUUGAUACCGACGCCUCUGGGACUAUCGAGUUUGACGAGUUCAAAGCGGUGCUCUCUGCUAACACUGCUGCCAGUGGAAUACCCUUUGACUUUGAUUGUGACUGGAUGAAGCUUUACGUUGGUAAACGAGGUGGACGACAUGUUCUAGGAUAUCACGAAUUCACGCAGCUCAUAAAAGGAUACCAAGGUGAAAGGCUUCGACAAGCUUUCCACCACUUCGAUCAAGAUGGCGAUGGUUAUAUCAGUCCGGAAGAGUUCCAAAGAAUCAUUGUAGAGAUUGCUGGACACAAAUUAUCAGAUUCAGUUCUUGAGAGGUUACCUACGCUUUGUACGAUGAACCCGGGUAGGAAGAUUAGUUAUUCGGAGGUCAUAGCUUUCCAUAACAAGAUGGACGCUGUCGAACGUAUCAUCGAACACGCAGUGAGGAAAUCGAAAGAUGGUAGAAUCGAUGUAUCAGAUUUCCUGGAUGAAGCUGCUUCUAGUAUGCGAUAUGGAAUGUUCACCCCUAUGGAGGCACAAAUCAUCUGGCAUUUCGCUACUCGUGGAAGUGCUUCCACCAGCUCUCGACUCGGUUCAGCUGAUUUCCAAGCCCUUCUCGAUGCCAAGUGGCAACCACCUGAAGCUGCUAUACAACCUCAAGUGACAGCCUCUCGAAGUGUUCUGUCUCAGCUAGGUCAAUCCGCCUACGGUUUCUUCUUGGGUGGUAUAGCAGGUGGUAUAGGUGCCUAUGUUGUAUACCCAAUUGAUUUGGUCAAGACUCGAUUACAAAAUCAACGAUCUACUGUGGUUGGAGAAGUGCUUUACCGAAAUGCCGCAGACUGCGUAAGAAAGGUAUACGCCAACGAAGGAGGUAUAAGAGCUUUCUACCGAGGUGUCAUGCCUCAGCUCGUCGGUGUAGCACCUGAGAAAGCCAUCAAAUUGACCGUCAACGAUUUCGUGAGGAAAAAGGCAACCGAUCCUGAAACCGGUAGAAUCCCAUUGUAUAUGGAGAUCUUUGCGGGUGGUAUGGCCGGUGGAUGUCAAGUGGCCGUCACCAAUCCUCUUGAAAUUACGAAAAUUCGUUUACAGAUGGCUGGUGAGAUAACGAGAGCGGAAGGAGGUGGUGCAGUACCCCGAGGGGCGCUGCAUAUCGUCAAACAACUCGGUUUAGUAGGAUUGUACAAGGGUGCUAUCGCUUGUUUCUGGAGUGAGGAGAGAGGGGUGGUAAGAUCGAAGAAGGUGACGGCAGAAACGGACGGGAAGAGAUGGAUGGACGUUGAAGGGAAGGAGGAGAAUCAGGAGAAUGCGAAGCAGAAGGAUAAGGAUAAGGGAGAAGAUGGCGAACAGACAAGGAGGAACGCAGGGGAAGACGACAGGGACAGGAGACAACAGGCCGAAAUGUCAAUGAUUUACUUCACAGCAUACGCUCACUUGAAGAAAGAUCUUUUCCACGAGGGCAGGCGAGGAAAAGUGCUCAGUUUCGGAGAACUUCUCACUGCUGCCGGUAUCGCUGGUAUGCCCGCUGCUUAUUUGACAACACCGGCCGAUGUGGUCAAAACCCGACUUCAGUCGCAAGCCCGAGCUGGUCAGACCGUGUAUAAAGGUGUUGUAGAUGGAUUCACCAAGAUCUUACAGGAGGAAGGUGUCAGAGCCUUGUACAAGGGUGGUCUUGCUCGAGUGAUUCGAUCAUCUCCUCAAUUCGCCGUGACACUAGCGAUGUAUGAAGUCUUAUCCAAGACUUUCCCUUACCCAUUCGCCCCUGCUGUCCCCCUCGCACCUACCACCUCCCGACCGUCAUUGUCCUCUUCUCAGGAUAUCUCGAGAGUAAGAGCGAGAAACGCACUUAGAAUCUUGUUAGAUUGCAGUUCGAGGUUCGGUAUGGUCAAUAGUCAAACGGCUUCGCAAGGUGUAGCGAGUUUACCGAAAGUUUUCAGAUCUUCGUCGUCAUAG